AGGAGGAGGAGGAGGAGCAGGAGGAGGAGGAUGGGUGUGUGCUCUUCUCACGUGCUGCGGACUCGCGCGCAGACUGAACCAGACCGUGCAGCCCUCACGUGAAGCUCGGUGGUCUCAGAGACUCUCCUGCUUCAUUUAAAACAAAGACAGAGCUACAAAGAGAGAUAUUACAUUAUAUUAUAUUUACGUCGCAUGGACCCGGUGCGCCUCUGCGGUUCUUUUUUCUUGUGAGCUGGUCCUCUCACGCAGCGCUCCCCUCCUCCUCUCCAGCUUCAACAUUUGUGAAGUGGCUUCCUCUCCCGCUCGGACCGGAGGCUGAUCUGGUCUCUGAUCUGGUCUCUGAUCUGGUCUCUGAUCUGGUCUCUGAUCUGGUCUCUGAUCUGGUCUCUGAUCUGGUCUCUGAUCUGGUCUCUGAUCUGGUCUCUGAUCUGGUCUCUGAUCUGGUCUCUGUGGUCGCCGGAGACUCGACGCGCACCGGCGGGGCCAGACCUUGCGGCUCCCGGAUCAGAGCCACCUGGAGCUCUGGCGAUGGAGGUGAUGGAGGGAGACGUGAUGGACAAGCUCGAGGACAUGUCGUCGGUGUACGACUUCGACCCGAUCACCGGGAACAUCCCGGCCACCAAAGUGGAGGUCACCGUCUCCUGCAGAGAUCUGCUGGAUAAAGACACGUUCUCCAAGUCAGAUCCAUUGUGUGUGCUUUACACUCAAGGUGUGGAAACCAAACAGUGGAGAGAGUUUGGCAGAACAGAGGUGAUAGACAACACCCUGAACCCAGACUUUGUUCGGAAGUACAUCCUGGACUACUUUUUUGAGGAGAAGCAGAAUCUUCGCUUUGACUUCUACGAUGUCGACUCCAAAAGCCCAGACCUGUCCAAGCACGACUUUCUGGGUCAGAUGUUCUGCACCCUCGGGGAGAUCGUUGGGUCACCAGCCAGUCGACUGGAGAAACCACUGGGAGGAAUCCAGGGGAAGAAAUGUGGCACCGUCGUCCUGUCAGCAGAGGAGCUGAGCAACUGUCGAGACAGUGCCACCAUGCAGUUCUGCGCCAACAAGCUGGACAAGAAGGACUUCUUCGGCAAGUCGGACCCCUUCAUGGUCUUCUACAGGAGCAACGAGGACGGCACCUUCACGAUCUGCCAUAAAACAGAAGUGGUGAAGAACACUCUGAACCCAGUUUGGCAGCCGUUCCCCAUCCCAGUACGAGCACUCUGCAACGGGGACUUUGACAGAACCAUCAAGGUGGAGGUGUACGACUGGGAUCGGGAUGGCAGCCACGACUUCAUUGGGGAUUUUACAACCAGCUACCGAGAGCUGGCUCGAGGGCAGAGCCAGUUCAACGUCUACGAGGUGAUUAAUACCAAGAAGAAAAUGAAGAAAAAGAAGUAUGCCAACUCGGGGACAGUGACCCUGCUCUCCUUCUCAGUGGAGUCGGAGUUCACCUUCUUAGAUUACAUCAAAGGAGGGACACAGAUCAAUUUCACUGUGGCCAUCGAUUUCACAGCAUCUAACGGCAACCCGUCCCAGUCCACGUCGCUGCACUACAUGAACCCCUACCAGCUGAACGCCUACGCCAUGGCCCUGAAGGCCGUCGGGGAGAUCAUCCAGGACUACGACAGUGACAAGAUGUUCCCCGCUUUGGGCUUCGGAGCCAAACUGCCCCCCGAAGGGCGCGUUUCACACGAGUUCCCUCUGAAUGGAAACCUGGAGAAUCCGUACUGUAACGGCAUUGAAGGCAUCUUAGAGGCGUACCACCAGAGUCUGAAGACCGUGCAGCUGUACGGGCCCACCAACUUCGCUCCUGUGGUGAACCAUGUGGCCAGGUAUGCAGCUGCCGUGCAGGACGGCUCUCAGUAUUUUGUGCUCCUCAUCAUCACGGACGGCGUCAUUUCCGACAUGGCCCAGACCAAAGAGGCCAUCGUAAACGGGGCCAAGCUCCCCAUGUCCAUCAUCAUCGUGGGAGUGGGCCAGGCUGAGUUUGAUGCCAUGGUGGAGCUGGAUGGCGAUGACAUCAGGAUCUCAUCGCGAGGGAAACUGGCAGAGAGAGACAUUGUUCAGUUUGUUCCCUUCAGAGACUACAUGGACCGGACCGGAAACCACGUGUUGAGCAUGGCCCGGCUCGCUAAAGACGUGCUGGCGGAGAUCCCAGACCAGUUCAUCUCCUACAUGAAGAGCCGGGGGAUCAAGCCCAACCCGGCGCCGCCGCCUUACACUCCGCCCGGACACACACACCACACACAGAUCUGAAGGCCUCUGGCUCCUCCCUGAAGACGGGCAGCAUGCAGAGAAGCUCUCCACCUCCUGCUUUGGGCCAACAGGAAGUGGUGUUGAGUUCAGUGCCGUAUCCUCCCAGUAACUAUUGGGUUUCUUUCUCUGUGAUAUAUGUAUGUGGAUGAGAGGCUCAAACUGAGGUCCGCUUCACGUCUCUGGACAGCGGGCGGAUGCCCAAAGGUCCCGUUGUGGUUUGAAGUGUUGGUGUUGUUUCAGGACGUGUGCUCUCUGGGCGGAGCCUUGCUCCUCAGUGUUGGUGUGGCCCAAUGCGCCGGUUCCACUUUUUGUAUUUGGGAUUAUCUCCGUAUCGAAUGCAUCGGUUAUGAUGGAGGAAACAUUGCAGGUGUGAGGUUUACAACAUGAAUCUGGGUUGUCACACCUUGAGGCGUCCCCUCUUCUUUAUUCGGUAAAUGUUUAUAAGAGCAUGUUGUAUGAGAAGUGAAUCCCCAUAUCCCAGUAUAUUUAUUCUCCAGUGUUAUUUAGAGUGGCAUGGGCAUUUAUAGAUCUGUUUUGAAGUGGUCAGCAAUUUUUUUCAAGUUAUUGCAUAUAAAAAAGACAAAAAAAACUGUAUUAUGAUGAUGCUCCCAGGUUUAAUAAUAUUUCAUCAUUUUGAGUCCCCCAUUUAUUCAUGCCCGUCAAAUAUUGUUGUUCAACAUACAAUAAUGGAAAUAUGACUCAGGCUUGUUAAAGGAUCUCAUCCAGUCCGAAUAAACUAACAUUCACAAGAAGGAUGUUGCACAACAGGAACAUUAACCAAUAAUCAUAACCUCUUUUGAUAAUCCAUAAGUUAGCAUCCACUAAAGCACAAUCCACACCGACAGUGAGGGUCUUAAGGCGAUGAGCGUGACCUGAUCGUGUAGAGAGGCGUUUCGUACCUUUCUCAUGUGCACAUGUCACAUCUUAAUGAUGUAAAAGUGUGUUUGUGUUUAACUGACACACAACACGGGGCAGAGGCAGCAGGAGCACGGCUACGUUCAUUGGUUGAGGGUGCACAUGUGAUUCCAUGUGGACCCCCGGGGCACAGACGUCCCACUAAGUCAGUGGCAUGGAGCCAGUGUUCCUGCUGGAGACUUAGGUUCCUACAGCCCAGCCCUGGGGAGACAAGCGCCCCCAGAGCUUCAGGAUUCAUAAGUUCAUUCCAUGCAGCACUUGAGUCACCUGAGGACCCCACGGGGGGCCGAGGGAUCCUCUCGUGCUGAUCUGAGCUCAGCUUUCUGUAGCGUACCUUCUGUGAAACCCAAACUAACUGGCUUUCAAGUGCAUAGCCAGAGUCCAGAUUCAGUAAGGAAGCUUGUCGUGUGUGAUGCGUCCACAAUGAUGACAACCUUAAAAUCACAGAGACCAGACUGUAGAAACACAGAGGUGGUCCGUGAGCAGGAAGCAAGCGGGUUCAGAUGGACAACAAUAACAGAAUACAAUACAACACUCACAUCUCCCAUCAUGCCUGACAUCUGACAAAUCUCACCAUAUUCACAGUGUUUCUGUCCAGUUUAUUAUUGUUUAUUUAUCAUAGUUUUAGUCAUUAGCCUUUUCAGUUUAGGUGUUGUACUUAAAAGAAGAACAGGACUCCAAGAGGAAAGCUCAAUUUGAAGGCAGCCAUACAAUAUUGCAUAAAAAGGGUAUUUCUAUCAUGUACUUUAUGGCAUUUGUAACCACCUGGCUGGACACUGACACCUACUGCAUGUCUGUCACAGUGAGCCUCCUCACAGCUGCUCCACGGCUGGAUGCUGGUCAUCACAUGAACUUAAACUGCUUCCUGGUACUCGUUCCAUCCGUGGCAUUGCUCCUCCUCUAGUACUAUUCCAGUCUACCUGGUCUCGUUUCCUAUUCUCACCUCCUCGUUGCUGCAGACAGGAAACCAACAACGCUAGCUUGACAGACUCAAAGGGAAUUAAUCUGAGUUCAAAGGUUCUAUUUAAAUGUCUAAUGUAGCAAACUCAAGGCCUUAAUCCCCUGAAAGGCAGUCACUGCAUCUCAUUUAGUCCUGAAGAAGAAGGAGGAGAGGAGGAACAAACUAAUAUUUGCUCGUCAAUCUUUGUUCCUUUCUCAGUAAACAAUGAAAUAAAAGUUGACUUGUUGUGACUUGUGUUAGAUUGAAAUGAGCGGCUGGUUUGCAGAGAUCCCAACAGCACUUUAUCCUCACGAAGAGUGCUCAUUAUAUAUGUUUGAUAUAUUUUUGGGAAUAUUACUGUACUGAAGAUAUUUAUUUAUCUAUUUUUGGAGUUUGUAUGACAAGCCAUCACUCCGGUCCACGAUGUUAUUCCUCCUGAUGUAUUAGUGUGAUGGUUUCCUGCAUGUUUUAUUGGGGUGCAUCAAAGGAGCCCUAACCCUAACCCAACCCUAACCUCAACCCUAAUCCCAACCUCAACCCUAACCCUAACCCUAAUCCUAACCCCAACCCUAAUCCUAACCGUA